UCAAAGAGAGAGGGAAGGAAGGGGGAGAGCUGAUCGCAGCGAGGAGGGGAAAAAAGGAGGGUUUGAGCUCUGGCUUUUAUAAUUGUGCCGUUUGCAAAGACGGAAAGAGCUGCAGCGAAUAUAAGGCAAUGAUUGGGGCUUUGAGAAGUACCUACUGAUUGGAGGCUAUCAGACAAUCACACUGGCCUCGCUUGCCAAGUUGUUCUGCCUCCUGGGAGGAUUCAUUCACAGGGAGAUAUGUUGACGCUGCCAUUCGAUGAACCUCAUAUGAUGUGUGAGCCGCGCUUUGGUGCCAACUAUCCCCGCGAAAGUCUCCCUGAGAGCCUGCAGCAGCAGCAGGAGCGACAACAGCGCCCCACCGCCGGGUCAAAUUCGGACAUGAUGAGGGAGGCCGAGGACGACCUCUCCGACAGGGAGGAAGAUGAAAGGGACGACCAGGACGAGAACGGGCUGCAGAAGAAACGAGGACCGCGGAAAAAGAGGCCCGGCAAGGAGCAUGUGGACAGGGCCAAACUUCGGCGCCAGGAAGCCAACGCCCGUGAGCGCAGCCGGAUGCAUGGCUUGAACGCCGCGCUGGAAAGUCUGCGCAAAGUUGUGCCAUGCUACUCGAAAACUCAGAAGCUGUCCAAGAUAGAGACGCUCAGACUGGCCAAAAAUUAUAUCUGGGCCCUGUCAGAGACCCUUAGUGCAGGAAAGAGACCGGACCUCCUCGCUUUUGUGCAGACUUUGUGUAAAGGAUUAUCUCAGCCAACAACCAAUUUGGUUGCAGGCUGUUUGCAAUUGAACGCGAGAAAUUUCCUGACGGAUCACAACGGAGAGGUGAUGUUUUCUGGGAGGUCGCCUUAUGAAGCUAUGUACUCGUACACUGGUUCGGACAUGAACUCACCCCCGGGCCACAGCGGUGGAAGUCUGGAUCCCAGCUCCAAACCGUUUCGACACUACAGCUACAGCAGCGCCUACGAGACUUACUUCGAGAACCCAUCCCCGGACAGCGGAAGCCCGCAUUUUGACAGCCAACUGAGCCCCCCGAUGAACUUCAACGGGAUUUUCUCUUUAAAGCACGACGACCCACCAGAUUACGGGAAAAGCGGCCACUACGGAGUGCGCUACUGUGGCGCGCCAGGGCGCACGGCCCUGGCACCCAACUCAAUGUAUCGAGUCUCACCCGAGGCCCGUUUUCCAUACGAUCUGCACGUCCGCAGCCAGUCCUUUCAAACCCAGGGGGAAGUUAAUGGCUCUUACCACAAUUAAUUCAUUAGUAAAGUGCUAAAAUCAGAAGCAAAUUUAUCUGCACAAAAGUAAAAAAAAAAAAAAAACUGACCUCACAUAAAAAAGAAGAAUUUGAGGUUUAAAGUUUGUUUUUAAUUACAGAAUCAACAGUUUGAUUUCAAUUUAUGUACAGAAACUAUCAUCUUAAACACUAUAGAUCCUGAUAUUUAAGAUGGAUUUAUUCACAAAUUGGUGCUAUUUGUUUCCAAAAAACUACAUUUCAAAGAGAAGAAAGCGUUUCUGAGCAUUUAUUUUACUUUUUAUUGUUUUGUUUUUCUAUCUAUUUAAUUUUCUGUGCAAUUGCAGGGCAGAGCUUACAUCUUUUCUUAUUGUGAUCUGUGAUCAAACAGUUUUUUGGAAACAGCUGAUUAUACCCGUCCCAAUCUGAUAUUUUAGGACGAUUAAAAAAGUUUAAUUCAUCAGGGAACUUGACUUAAACUUGACUUGCUUGGAUUUCAGAGAAAGUGUGUUGGCAAUAAAAAGUUAAAUUGAGCUAUGCAAUCUUGCCAAAUGCAAUCCGUGCUUGUUUGAAAUUUAAUAUGUAUUCUCACAAACGCGUCUCACAAUUUAGGACCUAAAAUAAUUAAAUAACAGGACAAAGGCCUGGAAGAAUACAGGCGCUAAAUGUUACAUUUCAAUUCAUGUGUCGGAUUUUUCUUUUAUGUACCGAAAUGAAUGUGUAUUCUGUUAUUAUUUAUGUACAAUUUAUUUAUUUGUUUUAUUAUUUAUUACAAUUUCGUUGUAUUUAAUUGUGAAUAAUAUCCAAUAGAAAAAGGAUGUAAAAAAAAAAAAAUCAUAAUGUGAACUUUUAUGUGAAUUUCCACAGUUUAUUUAUCUCGCAUUGUUGUAAACUGUCCCUGCAGCUGACAAGAAUAAAACACAUUUAAGUGCAGUUGAAAAAAAUAUGUAGAAUGCCUUAAAUUGGAGAGAAAAAGCUCAAAACACGAUCAAUGGGGAAGUUGAAGUUUUGGAUCGCUUGAUGUUAACUUUUUUUUUUUUUCUUAUUUGGAGCGCCUGUGAUGCACUUCGUGUAUUUCCGCACAUUGUUAUUGGCCGCUGUCAUAAAUCUUGUUGAUUUUUGUAAUCGGAUACCGAAUGUUUAUUGGAUGAUCAAUCUAAUUUAUGUCCUGAAAGACACACACACGCACACAGGCACGCACACACGAUCACUCGACACACUGACGCGCACUUAUGGAAACCCGUUAUGGAACGAAAUAUUCGUGAAGUAAUGUGUUAAUGUUUUGUGAUGUGUUUACUCGCAAUAAAAUAAACGAAUAAAAAAAUUAAUUAAUUAAGAAGAUGAUGUGGGAGGCUUGAUGUUGUGUCCCAGAUUCUCAGCUUUGCGUGGCCAUGAUCGGGACCAGAUGGAAAUGAGGAAAAACAAGAUAAAUGAUAAUAAUAGUGAGCUGGAAAACGAAUUCUUUCAUUUAUUAUUUGGCAUCACCACCCAGAAUAUGGCCUGUAAAAGGACCCGCACUCUAAAUACUUAAAGACUCUAAAAUUAUACACUUAACACAAUGACAAGUUGGUACUCAUUGUUCUUUCCAAGUGGAUUUUUUAAAAUACAAAUGUUCUUGUUGUUGCUAAUUUGACUGACUUCCAGCUGGUCAGAUGGCUGAUUUGUGUCAGAAGCGCCCAGGAGGUGUUGGAAGUCAUCCAGACUGCAGCGCAAGGCGGUUGGUUGAUCUCCCAGUUUGGAACCCAGUGGGUUUGAUAAUCCCUGGAGGCAACAAACACUGCUGCUGAAAAAGACAAGCGAUCGCUUCGAGAUCAGAAAUGAUCAACAGUCUUUCAUGCCUGGUGUUUGCACCCCCACUUUAGUGCCUGGAACUAUCUGCAUGUUGUUCUUUCAGGGUAAUUAUGGUCCAAUGUGCUUUAAUCAGACCGUUUUCAGUAGCUACACAGCAUUGUUAAAGUAAGGCUGACAUAGAUGACCACUUUAUCAUCUUCCAGAGAUACAGUAGAUCAUAUACCUGUGUGUUGUUGUUUUUACUUUCUUGGUCAUUUUAUGUAAUGUAGUUUCUUUAAGUGUGUCACUUUUUAGCCACAAACCUAAAUGCAUUUAUUGAGAAACUAUGCAAUAGAUCACUAAAAGGUAGUUUUACUGUCAUGCGGAAGGAUACUUUAAACAUUUACUUCUUAAUGAAAGUAGAAAGGGUAGAUUGUUAUCUUUUUAUUUUCCUCGACCAGUUUAAUGUUUUAAAAAUAAAUUCCAG